AUGUCUGAAAGGGCAUCUAUAUCCAAAGACCCUGUGCUACCACCUAGCGCCCCCCGAAGGUUGGCCUCUAGAUCACCGUUGACUUCGCGAGUGCGUUUGCGCAACCCUGGGCGCGCAAGCAUUGACCGAGAAUCAAGUUCAGCAUUGGGGUUAGGGAGACAUGUCCCCCCAUCCUUUGCUUACCCAACGCCGGGUACUGGGCGCAAGAAUGGUACGCAAAGGAGCUUGUUUGUGUUCAAGAAGAACGUUCGAGUCCUAGACUUGGAGCCUGCUUCCGCGCCAAGGCACGACCUACAAGGUAUAUGCAAUGCCAAUGUCAAAGACUCGGAUUCUCCGACGGAGGGGAGUAUUACAACGAGUAGACCGGUGUUUAGCAAGGUCGUGGGCACAAACUCCGCCAAAGACACAGAGAGUUUGCAGAGAAAUGACAAAGCGAGGACAAAGGCGGAGGCAAGGGUGGUUCGGAGGCGGACUCAAACUCGGACGACAAGGAAGGAGGCGACGAAGUGUUGGGUUCUCCUCGAAGGCGAAAAGGUCCUAUUUCAGCCAAAAUCAGAAGUUCCUAGUUAUCCCAUGCAUCCUCCUGCGCCAAUACUUCCAGGAGCCAGAAACGCGCAAAGUUGUUGGCUGAGAAAGACGCCGGAUUUGAGCAACACCGGCAAAUGGUUAUAUCUCCACGCCCUCAAAUCCAUGCUCGAUUUAUGCGCCUUAAAUCAAGCAAAUGAUGCCGGCGAGCUUGUAGCAAAGUUCGACGACGCUGGCAAGGCUGUCUGGUUUGUUAACGGGAUUCUCGUCCCGCAUUUUGAUCGUGGGUUCGACAAAGAGUGGGAAAAAUGGGGGACGAGCGCCAUAGAUGUGAUACGCGACCAGAGCCGCUGGGACCCUUCCGACGUCAAGUACUUGGAGUCUGUGACCAAUGCCAAAUGGAGAGUUGUUGUUAAAAAUGGGGUCUAUGCGACAAUGCUUCGUGUUUGGAAGAAGUACCAGGGAGAUGCAGGCGAAGGGCGGGAGUGGUUGGAUAAACGCAGGAUGUUGAACAGACGUCAAUCCCGGAAGGAUGCGAAAGCUAAAAGUCGCAUGGCAGCGCUCAAAGGAUCGGGACUUGAAGUCGGGGAUUCGAAUUUACCGGCGAUCCCGGUUUUCAAUCGUCCAAAUAUUCAGACCCGGACGAUCAGAGCCGCCGUGUUGUUCAGGAACCCAAGUACCGAGUCGCAAAGGUUACUUGUCCAAUUUUUGGGGGCGCUUGAUAUCGCAUACAAAGACAACAAGAAACGAUGCGGAAAUCAAAAGGUCACGCGCCGGGAUUUUGAUAAGGUCAAUAACAACGUACCUAAGCUCAAGAAAGGGAAGAUACCAGCUUGGGCUGUUGACAAGGAAUGGGAACGCACGAACCCAAAAGCAUGCAAACAAUUGGCUAAGCGAAUUGACUCGGACCUAGACGAAAUCCCCCAAGAAGAAAAAUUCAACAAAUUUAUUGAUCGGUACACACCUCAACCACGGGAGUAUCUGUCCCCUUUGCCAUUGCCAUUGCCAUUGCCAUCGCCAUCCCCCUUGCCAUCCCCCUUGCCUUCCAGGUCCAACGCUCCAGCCGAUACCCCUGUUCCCUCUAUUACGUUAGCUACGCAGAGCCGGGUCAUUGAAGCGGCCCCAGUUACGACACCUACUCUUCUUGCUGCCGACAUAUGCCAUCCCCCUGGAAAUGCAGUGUGUCAGCCCCCUUUGGAUGUGCCUACAGCUUUGUUAGUCGCCCCCAGUCAUGCCCCCGGGUCUGGUCAGUCAUGGGGUACAGCAAUGCACACCGGUGCGUCAAUGGGGUUUGGCACCAAUGUAGCCUCUGCGGCUCCAAAAGCACCAACAUUUUCCCAGCCUGCGUUCCCGCACUAUGGGUACCAACCAGGUUUUCAGCCUGGAUAUCUAUAUGGACAGCCCGGCAGGAACGGAGGUACUCAAGCCCAUAUUCCAAUUGACCCUGCUCUUCAAGGUGAGACAAGUGGUCGCUUGUAUCCCUUGAACAGUAUGCCUCCACCACCAGAGCUUCAUGAACAAGAAGCUGCCGCCGCGCAAUACAGCCUGACUGCGCAGCCAAAUAUACCGGGCCAAAUCAACCAUCAAACACCAGACCCUGGGCAACCAAAGCGCGCAAAUCAAGCGUGGCAAGUAGCAGCGGUGUUGUACACCACUGUAAUGCUAUUCUACGGGUUGCGUAAGGCAACGUUCUACUAUCUACUGGCAAAGGGGGCUUAG